GCGGGCGGUGACUGACGGCUGCGCAGCCUCGGCCCUGUCGCCAUUGUGUUGCAGGGAGAGGCGGCUGGGUUGGUUUGGUGUGGCGGCCUGUUGGCCCAGUCCGGUUUGGCCUUCCAGUGCAUCCUUAGCUUCUGGGUUUCUGCGUAGCGAAGGUUGUGCUGUGAGAAGUUGCUAGUUAUCGUGCUACUCUUCCCACACCACUGAGGAUACUGCAGUUCUACUAAGUUUUUUAUUUAAAAGCUACCUUUUGUGGUCUGAUUCUGGCAGUACCAUGCUGAGGAGGAAGAAUCUGGGGAUGUUAGCAAGCCAGUUAGCAAACUAUCUGGAGUUUCUGAGCAACACAUACAAAGAAUGGAGUCAAAACCCUCAAGAAUUCCUCGAAGGAUCUCUCUUCAGGCCUCUGGCUCUUCACUAGGGUCUAGAACAUUGACUGGGAACAGUUUAGCUGGUGCAUAUAGUGCAAGAGAACCUUCAUGGAGAUUAGAAUCUGGAUACCAGGAAUCCAGUGUAUUGAAUGGUUCCAGUAGAGAUUGGGGUAUUGGAGAAAGAGACACCCGCGAAACUCCGUGGAAGCUUACAACAUCCUCUCCAACUCACUACUCAGGGACACUUGAUCAUCCACAUUCUGGAAGAUUUUUGGGAAGCAGGAGCAGAUUGUCUACAUCAUCUUCCUCUCAUUUCACAUCUGGGUGUUAUGGUGAGUCCGAGAGAACUCAGGGAGCAUAUUCAAGACUCCAUGGCCAGCAGCGAGAUAGUGAUUCAAAGAGACCUAAGCUAUCUUGUACAUCUACCUCUUCUGUGAGAAAUAAUGGCUUGACUGCCUUUUCAGAUUCUUCUUGGAGGUGCAGUAGGAUUCCUAGAUCUUCAUCAGUGAUGCUUGGCUCCCUUGGAACUGAGCUGGUGAGAGAACGAAGAGAGUUGGAAAGAAGAACAGAUCUGUCUGUUAAUAACCUAGUGGACCGCAGCUACAGAAACAGUGACUUCUCAUCUGCAACAUAUCUUCAAGACAGGCAUGCCUCUUCGUAUGCAGAGGGAGCAAGACCAAAAGAGAACUCAUUAAGCACUUUGAGGCUGAAUGCGUCCAUGAACCGCCAGUUGCCUUCUGAUCAUCAGCCAUCUCUUUUCAACAGAGACUCUAACAUGAGCUCCUCAAGAUUCAGCUAUUCCUCAAGGCAAAGGAGAAAUGAAUUGGAAUCUCCCCAGAGGAGCAUGCAGCCAGCAUUUUCUCUUACUGCCAUUAGAGAUGAAACUUCUUCAAGUGGUUCAGAAAGGGUUUUAUCUUCUCAGAGGUCAUUGAAUGAGCCUGCAGCUGAUGGUGAAGGGAGACGCACAACCAGACAGCUUCUGUCUCGUUUAGCAUCUAGUAUGUCAUCUACGUUUUUCUCUCGAAGGUCUAGCCAAGACUCAUUGCAUACCAGAUCAUUAGGCUCUGAAGAGUCAACAGUAGUCCCAAGAGUUCAAGCUUCUACUCUGUCGAGCAGUAAUGGAGCUGCAACUCCAGAAGUUCCAGGACUUCAGACAUCUGAAGCUUCUCAGGGAUUUAGUUUUCUUAGACGAAGAUGGGGUUUAUCAGGAGUUUCACAAAAUCAUAACUCCGAUUCAGAUGGGGAAAGUUACAGACCAGACUCUGAAAGCAGAAGUACAGGAUCCUGGUUAUCAUCAUCUUUGAGGAAUAGAUGUACACCGCUCUUUUCCAGAAGAAGAAGAGAAGGGAGAGAUGAAUCUGCAAGGAUCUCGACAUCUGAUACAACUGCUAGAUCACAACAUAUCUUCAGAAGAAGAGAGUCAGGUGAGGAGACCUCUCUUGAAGCAUCAGGUAGCCCUCCUUGGGCUUCUCUUAACAGGCCACCAACACCUGCAGUAUCUGGUAUUCCUACAGCUACUGCCUCCCCACCAGAUUCAACCCACAGUAGGAGAAGUUCUGGAAUUCUGCCUGGUUCUCUCUUUCGCUUUGCAGUGCCUCCAACAUUAGGAAACAGUCUGUCUGACAAUCUUAUGAUAACUGUAGAUAUUAUUCCCUCUGGCUGGAAUCAGUCUGAAGGACAAGAAAGUGGCAAAUCUAAAAUACCACCAUCAAGAGAUCCAGAAAGACUCCAGAAAAUUAAAGAGAGCCUGCUUUUAGAAGAUUCUGAAGAUGAAGAGGGUGACUUAUGCAGAAUCUGUCAGAUGUCCUCUUCAAGUUCUGACAACCUUUUAAUAGAGCCAUGCAAGUGCACUGGAAGUCUGCAGUAUGUUCACCAGGAGUGCAUGAAAAAAUGGCUGCAGUCCAAGAUUAAUUCAGGUUCUUCUUUGGAAGCAGUAACAACUUGUGAGCUGUGCAAGGAGAAGUUGCAUCUGAAUCUGGAAGACUUUGACAUUCAUGAACUCUAUAGGGCACAUGCAAAUGAACAAGCAGACUAUGAAUUUAUCAGCUCUGGUCUCUACCUUGUAGUGUUGUUACACUUAUGUGAGCAGCGCUUUUCUGAUAUGCUAGGAACAGCAAGUGAGGCCAGCACACGUGUUAGACUUCUGAGGACGAUUCUGAAGACUGAUGCUGUUAGAACUUUAAUACUGCAAGAGACAAAUGGAAUUGCUGCAGAAAUGCUGAAUUGGCAAGAACAACAUCAACAUGCAUUUGCUUUUUCCUCUCCUUAGUAAAAAGUGCAUUGAAUAUUACUGUAGUUUUUGAAGCAUUGUUGAAUUCAAAAUUGACUGCUGCACAGUGGAACUCAGUGGACUUGAGAACUACUUGGCAUGUGCAAGGAUUAGAUAUAAAGCCACUUCCCUUUUUAAAUGAUGAGGAUGAUGUGCUUUGUUUUGGAAAACAUCAGAUUUUGAAUAUUUAAGGAAGCUGUAUCUCCCUCUGAUUCCUUCUUCCUGUAGUCAGAUUUCUGAUUUUGUCUACUGAGUUUUGAUCCUCUACAGGCAGUAAGUGGUUAUAGUGGGUUUCAGGGUGAGGGUGGGCAGGGAGGGUGGGGAUGUCUGUGUACUUAAAGAAGUUUUUGUUCGGUUUUGUUUUUUUUUUUUUUUUAAAUGCCUGUGUUGCUGCAUCAUAUAAUAACUGAUUGCUUCCAGUGUUAAUGAAUGAACAGGAGGAUAAGCAAGCUACUGCAGAGAUUGUUUGGUUUUGGUUUAUUUGAAGAUUAUUACUUCACUCAAAAAGCAAUAAGAACUUGCAGAGGUCUUCUCAUACUUAGUGAUGGCUUUUUUUUUAUGUAUUGGUUUGGAAAUUGGAGACUAUAUUUGAUAUUACGUGGCUGUUCCAUUAUGGAAUAUUGCAGGUGUAAACUCUUGCAUUUCAGCAUUCCUGGCAGAUAUGCAACUUGAUAAAGACCUAAGGUUGUUUAGUUUAAUCAGACUUUUUUAGAUCCCACCUUCACUGUUCAAAGCACUGGCUAUCAAUGUGUUUUUUCUAGUGUUGUCACUUCUUUAUAAAUAAAGAUGAUAGAGGUAUGCAUCUCUACUGGUAUUGUCCAUUUUAUUUAAACAUGGAUAUCUACCAGAACGUACACUUGAAAACUUAGAAAGCUAUAGUCUGUGGUAUAUCUUUACUAAUGUUUAUAAAUUCGUAAUGCAGAUAUUUAAGAUUGUUUCUGACCAUUUUGGAUUGAAAUGCUUUAUAUGAAUGGUGGUACAAUAAAUUGUCGUGUAUUGGG